AUGGAGUCCACGUGCCGGGAUAAGAAGUUUCAAUCCAGUUGGAAAUUGUCUCCUUCCUCGAUCGAUCUGGAUAGGAAGGACAGCCCCGUGAAUCCAUACCAUCGAUCCGUCCGCGCGAGAAUGACGCGCCCGAGGUGGACGCUUCCGGACGCGGACGACCAGAGCGAGGCUGGAAUUAGCGGCUUACCGGAAUUCGAGUGCGGCGCGUACGAAAAUUCCUACGUGGACGCUUGUUCCUGCUGUACUUUUUCCGGGGAGAUAAUCGUCGCACAACGUCGCUGUAAAAAAGAACGGUCGAGGAGAGAGGCUUACGAGAAAAUCAAGGCGAAAGUGGAAAACGCUGUCAAGACGCACAAAAUAUUUCUCCUGCGAGGCGAGCUGCCAAAGCUGAAGGAAGCGCUGGAGGCCCGAGGGUGGGUGCAAAAGUACGAGUCAACUAGAACGAGAAUGCUGCCAUACGGUAGCGCGGCUAACUUAGAAGCUCACUCCCUCGGCGAUGUCACGCAAGCGGAUGGAACGCUGAACGAGAGGGCUGUGAUUUUUGCCCUCCUGCGGCACAAGCCGCCUGACUUCAUAUGGGACUGCAGGAACGACUUCGUCGAGUGGCAUCGCGGACUCAGCUGCAACGUUCUGCUCAACAAAUAUCAGAGAUCCUUCGUUUAUACUUCGAAGCUCGGAAUGGCGCGCUUACUGGAAGACGCAUAUUGGUUGUACGAGGAGAACGUGUCCGGCGCCCUGUUCCCGCGUACUUACAGUCCCAGCACGGAUCGACGAGCCUUCGUGGAGGACUUCCGACUGACCGCUGCCGCGGGUCUCCUCAAAUGGUUCGUUCGCGGUAUGACCGCGGCCGAGGACAUUCUUGUGGUCAAUUCGGAAGGACGACGAGCGAUUCCGAUUGCCGGGUUGGAGUUCGCAGUGAAACGUUGCGAGGAGUUCGUCGCUACCGCGACGCACGAGGAUAUCGAUGUGGAAAAAGGCGAGCAGCCGUCCGACGAGGAAUGGGAUCGUUUCUUGGACGAUUACGCGGCGGCGCUUCACCAAGGAGCUGGUGUUGAUAGCUCGUCGGAAGAAAGUCGCGAGCUCCUUCAGAGAUGUUUCCUGACCGCCGUCGCGAUUUUGGAGAAAUUAAAGACCGUCGAUCCGCAGUAUGAGAUGAGCGACAUGAGAGGCAUUUGGAUCUUGAAGCCCAGCCAUUUGUGCUGCGGCAAUGGCAUCGUUAUAUCCCACGAUCUCAAGGAUAUCUUGCGUAGAGCCGAGCAGAAGCCCAAAGAUUAUUAUAUCGUGCAGAAGUACAUCGAACGUCCCCUGCUGAUCAAAGAGACCAAGUUCGACAUACGACUGUGGUACUUGGUAACGAGUACCUUCCCUCUCACAAUAUGGCUUUUCAAGUAAAUCGCAUCGCAAUUAAAUCAUUUUGCAUAUAAUAGGAAAAAUAUUCCUUUCUAUUUUAUCCUUAGGAAUAAUAAUUUUUUUCCGGUUCGAAAAACAAACGUUGCGAUUCACAUUUGCAAUACCGCCAUCCAGGAGAAGUACGACGACGAGAAGAGACGCAGGCAGCGACGCAGGCAGGGGGACCCCGAGGAACCCGCCAGCAGCAGAUCGGUGCGCGAUCAAGGAUGGGACUGCGAGAAGCUGAACGAAUAUUUGAAAUCCAUAGGCCAUGAAGGAGAACCGUAUUACGAUCUGAUUUACCCAAAAAUGACGGAGGCCAUCGUUUUGAUGAUGCUGGCGGCGCAGAAUCACAUGGAGAGACGUCGCUGCAGCUUCGAAUUGUACGGCGCCGAUUUCAUGCUGGCCGAGGAUAUGUCGGUCUGGCUGAUCGAGAUCAAUACUAAUCCCCGUAUGCAUCCGCCUAGCUCUAGAGUGACAAGACGUCUUUACUCUAACGUGCUGGAGAGCCUGGUGAAAGUGAUAAUGGACGUGCCGGUGAACGCUUGCGCCGACACGGGUGGCUUCAGUCUGGUCUACAAGCAGGACAUACCCGACUUCCAGCCUUACCUCGGUCCCUACCUUUUCGUAGCUGGCAAGUCAAUGACACUGCACGAGCGGUCGCCGGAACCGACGACGCCGAGAAAAGAAAGGAGGGCAAACAUUUGCGGUCCCUGGAGCAAGCAGCAACGUGCAAGGACCGUCCCGCCCAUGAUCCUACGCUCGAGAGAACCGAACGUGGCGGAUCUUAUUGACCAUUUGAACGCCGGUCGAUGCACUGCAGCCAAUUGACGUGAAACGACCUUUUAGUUGACGCUAUAUAUAUAGGGUAAACAUGAAAGCGAUCGGUGAGUGCCAAGCGACUUCUUCGUCUUUCGAAGAUGCGUAUUCA